AUGCAGGGUUUUGUGACCGAGUUUGCUCGGAAGCCAUACCUUGUUCCCGAUUCUGGUAAUUCUCAGCCAUAUGUUCCAACAUAUCAGUAUGGCGAGUCGAAUACGUCAAUAUUAAUACUUGAUGGCGGAGAUAGAAAUUCAUGGAACAAUGAUCUUGGUGAUCUCGAUGUAAAAAACCAGAAUCUUGAGAAAAAUUUACCGAUAAUGGUAAGACUUCAAGAAAACAAGCUCGAACCCGGUCCAAAACUCGCUCUCCACGAUGGUGGUCUUGCUUUAUUUGUUUCUAUGAUUCAAGAUACAACGAUUCAUCCAUACUCAUUAUGUCCUUUCCCCAAAAUAGAAAUUGACGAUAUAAAUUAUGUUAUUACAAAUAUGGUUGAUACAAGAGCGCCUCCUGAUCGUGCGUCAUGGAUUCUUCAUUAUCUGGCAAGAUACUUUGAUUACAAUGUCGAUAUAACAACCAAACUCCUCGAAUUCAACUAUUCAGACGAUGAUUAUUUUGCAAAAUUUUGUUAUUACUCAUACAAGCGAAAUAUAUUAAACUGUUACGAUUUCCUUACAGGAAUCAUUCAAAAGAUGAAGCCAACAGCCUUGAAAAUCUUUAAAGACGAAAUUUUGCAUUCUCAUCAACUUUGCGCCCUUGCUUUUUCAAAACAAGACGAGUUUAUGAUAGGAGAUACACCCCUGAAGGCCAAACAGAUCUAUUUGAACAUGCUUAAUGAAGAUAUGUGUUUACAAAAGACUCAUUUGAUUCAAUUCUCAAUUUUACACGCUAUAAGUGGCCACAUACCUGUUCUCUACGAUUACUCGAUCAGCAAUGAUCUAAACAAGCUCAUGAUGAACAUGAAAAGCGAAAAUCGCAGAUGCAGACAAAUAUAUCAAGCAAUUAACACAUCGAUGUUACCACCAUCUCUACAGCUUCAGAACUUAAUAAUUAGCAACUAUCCAACCUUCGACGUCAAAAAAAUUAAAAAUGGAGCUCAAAGAAUCAUCGCGUACAUUCCUUAUACUCUUACGAACACUAUAAUCUUCGACUUACUUGAAAUACCGUUCUGGUUUCCCGAAAACAACGGGCAUCUCGCUGCAGCAAUAAUUUACGUAAUUCAGAUGUUGCCAAAGGCUAAACUGAACAUGAAGCAGCUCGUUGACUUCGUUUACCAACAUGUUGACGAGAUCGCCUGCUUCAAACAUACUUUCGCUGAGCUCCAGGCUGCAAAUUUGGUAAAUUAUUCAGAAUUCAUAAGCAAAGUACAGUUUUCAAGCAAUUUUACAAUGCUAAAGGCUGAAACUAUCAAUAUUGUCUCGACAUUACCAUUCUAUGGCCUUAAAAAAGAGAAUAAUAAGGCAUUUAAUAACGCAAUGCGUCGUUUGGGCUCCGAUGAGUAUAAUUCAGCUCUUAAAUUCUUCCUUACCAAUAUUAGUAACCUCGAACAGACGAUUUUGGCCAAUAAAAACGUAAUGGAACAAAUUCCUUACGCUACACAGUAUUCUGUUGGUUCGUUUGUGGUUGGGAACACGAAAAUGUUCUCAGAAGCACUGGAUAUCAUCAUGACUUUCAAUUUGGCCACACUUUUCCCUGUAUUAGUUGAAAAUAUUUAUAAUUCAACGGAAUACAAGCUUUCUAUCACCCACAAGAUACUUGCAAAGAUUAUAGAGAGCAUUCCUAUCCUGAUUCUUCACGGAUUUUUCCAGAAAUUUGUUGAAAUUAUUCUAAAUAAUCCAACAAACUCCACAAUCACGGAAUUAGUGACUGCAAUCCAUGACAAAUACAAAGACAUUGUUUCUUUGCAGGAUAAAUACAAAGAAACUUAUUCCCAGAUUGUCAAAAACAAAAAUGUAAAUAUCAGUACAGAAAACAUCCGAAAUUUCUUCAGAAGAUUCUCGUAUUUGUGCAGCCUCCAUGUUUUCGACGCUUUCCACUCAAUAGAUAACCAACACGACUUCGAAGCCGUAUUUCCAACAUUUUUGACGAAUCUUUUAAUGUUUAGAUCGCUCAAAUCGUCGACAUUCAUCAACUUUUUCGAGGAAUUCACAGAAAGUGGCUGCAUUUCCCAGCCCUCUUCGUUUUUUGUCAAAAUUUUAUUAAAUGUUUUACUCAGUUUCAAGGAAAACGACUUCACCGACCACGUAGUUUCAGUUGUCAGUGACUUCUUCUCCUAUAUCUUCAAGCAUGGCCACUAUUUGCCGAUGAAUUAUUUAUCCGAAUGUCGCCGUAAGAGAUAUCAACCAGAAAUCAUCACGAAACUCAUUAGUAUCUUAAUAGCAUCAGCUCAGAAGAACCCAGAAGUCUUCAAUCCCUAUAAUUCCCUGAAUGAUAGCACUGUAAAGAACUUUUCCAACGAUUUGCCCCUACUUUCUACCUUUAUUUCUGUCCUCUGCGACAACAGCCACUUCCCACAACUGACGGCCGACCUCAUUCAUCAGUUCGAUUCGUCGACAUCUCAACCUAUUUCGCUUCCUGGCUGUUUCUUCUCGAUGCUGCCGGAAGAGGCAAGAGGUAAAUCGUUCGAAGAGUCGUUUGAGUUCAUGAAGACAGGAAUUACGAGAGAAAACGCAAAAUUGAUUGGAUAUUGGCUCAAAUUCUCGAUUUUCUACACAAUUGAUAAUCAGAAUGUACAGUUCCCUGUUGUUUUCCAGGCUCCAGAUAGAAAUCUCCAGACAAAGUACAUGACACAAGUUUCUGAAGCAUUUUUCGGUCUUUUCAACAGUAUUUCUAAGGCAGAUGAGAAUGCAAACUUGUAUUUGUUCGCUUGGUCAACAAUUCUUCACGUUGACAGGAACAGACGUUCUGAAUUGUACAGUUCGAUUUAUUCUACACCAGUUUUUGCAAAUGCUGCUGUCCAAGUCUUCCAGACCCACUUUGCACAAGGAGACAUCAAUUUCGGAAGCGCCAUUUCCCUUUUCAUUCACCCUGUAAUUCAAAUUGCAGCAAUUAUUUCCUUCGACCAAUUAAUUGAUAAUGUUAUCAAUUCAGAUUACGCCAGUACAGAAUUUGAGAACUUUACACAGCUUGCAACAAUGAUUUCAAUAGUCUACAUCACUCGAUGCCAAAACAAGCCAAAUACUAUGAGGAUCGAGUCAAUUGCCUGCAAGAUAUUAGAGUGGGUCAGGAAAGCCACUGUUCCAGGCGUUGGCGGCAAGCUUGACUUCUUAUUAGACUCAUUUAAUUUCAUUAUGUGCUAUAGUACUAAUAUCAAGGAGAUGGCUGAUAUCAGAAUGCAGCAGUCUCUCAAUUUGAAGAUAAGAGACAAUUAUAUGAUGCUUCCUGAAUUAAUUCAGAAAAAGGUCAUCCUAAACAUUCCUCCACAGUCAUUCCAGAUGGUUCAGGAUCCGUUGUACUUCCAUGUCACACUUCCUCAGCCAGUUCCUCAGUUCCAGAUGGAUAUUCCACCUCAAUUCCCGCCUCCUCCUUCUGCACCGCAGCAACAACCUACUCUUAAUAUGUCUAUGGAACCUACAAUAGAUAUGACCAACUUGGAAGAUGACGAUUUUAUGUUCCAGUGGCAACUUUAA